AUGGCGGAAGGAAAGCAAAGCCGUCAUUGAAACGUGUUGCACAUUCAGCCCAGUGGGUGGCAGACAUCUCUUUUCAUCCCUUCUAUACGUGUUUCCACAUCCUGUGUAGCCUCCCUUCAUGUAACUUCAGGUGUCUUUUAGGCUACUUGUACAUUUAUUGAAACCACUUUCAGUAUGUUUGCCCAUUUAAAUCAAAGAGCUUUCAGUGGGUUGUGUGUGCUUAGCGCCUUGUGGCUGUCUGUAUCGGGGGAGAACGUGUUCGAGAGUCGAUCCGGUAUGAUCCAGGAUCUCCGGACAGCCUUAGCUGACCUGGCCGGGAAGGGAAGGAUUUACCUCGGCAGGCUGGCGGGGGAGCAGACGGUGCUCUCUGUACAGAAGGCUUUCUCUCAGGUCCUGGGUGUUGUCGCAGGAAGUUUGUCCGGGGGUCUGACUGUGCUCUUACAGUAUGUCUCACACUUUCUGCAGGCUGCUGGAAUCCAAGUUGGUUUUCCCAUCAGCAAAGUGACCCCAGAGGGGGUGAUCUUUGUGGCCCAGUGGGUUCUCUUGGCUCUCAUUGGCUUCUGGCUGAUCUCCCUCGUCUUCCGAUUGGUUGCCUCCACUCUGAGGCGUACUCUGUGGCUGCUGAAAGUGGGCAUGGCUUUGGUCUGUUUCGGACUCAUCCUGAGCGACCACAGUGUGGGCACAGAUACCAUGGCCGUCCGAUUGGCUGUCCUGGUGUGCGUCUGCGUGCUGUUGGGCGUUGGGACUUCGAGGGGCUCUAAUGCAGCCGAUAAUACAGCUCACCUGGAGGAGCAGGUAAAGAUCCUGGAGAGACGGCUGAGAGAGAUGGAGAGGUGGAGGAGGACGGAGGAGUGAAGGAGGGAUUGAGAGAAGUCUGUUGUCUUCUGUCUUCACCCUCGAUGCCACAUGUACAGAUGAUGGAGCUCUGGUGUUCUUUUAGGGCUUCUGGAACUUUAAGGCAGAACGUUUUCUAGUUUGGACGUUUGGUAAAAGUAAUUAAUUACUCAUGAUUUGUUACCGACACAAAAUGAUUACUUUGUCAUUCCUGGAAGCAGUGAUUUGUUAGUCUACAUGUUUUUGGUUGAACUCUUUCUCCCUUUACAAUGUGCCACAGUGCGAAGAAAAAGCUUCCAUCCUUUUUUACGUGUCAAAGAGUUAAAUGAGAAGAUUGAUACCACACUCGUGCCUAGACAUGAUUUCCAUCUUCUCAUCCCACUAUUGGAAAGAAAGCUAAUUGGUGUGUUUUUCAAAACAAUUUAUUUAAAUUAUAAUAGUAAUAAUACUUCCAGUCAGAGGAAGUCCACCUUUCUGGUAUUUCUCAUAAUGAGAGAAAAUUCUCAGGAUAUGCUUGUCGGGUAUAUUCUUUUUACAAUUCUGACUGAUAUACAGAGGUUAGAUCCAUGCCUUAAGUGUUGCUCAUUUACCAGCAUUACAGUUCAUAUUAGUGGCCUGAGCUCAGUGAUUAGCAGAUAAAUCGUACUGCUGGAGUGUGUACAGUAGUAGUGUGCCUUUGGAAAUAGUUGUUAUUCAACAUAUUCCAGAUAUCAUUGUUAAACUCUUGUAUAGAAAGCUAUUUUGUUUAAAGCUUUUUAUAUGAAUACAGAGCCAAAGACUAGUACCUAUACAUCUAUCAAUAAUGAUCUGAUAUUAAAAAGAUGUGAUCCUGAUUAGAAAAUAAUUUGUUCACUUGGAUGACGAUCUUUGAAAAAAACAAAACGCAUUGUUUGAAGAUAUUUCCAGAAUCGUCAAUGAUUGUCCCUCCAACAUGUGUGUUCUGAACAUCAGCAGUAUUAUGACGUUGUUCGAGCAAACUGAAAGUUCCUCAGACCUUCCUCUUGUGCCUAACAUUCAAUGUAAUAAAUAAUACAUACAUACAUGUAUAAGAUUUAUUUAUGCUGUAUUUAAUAUUGUAUGUGCGAUUAACUGAGUAUAUGUAUGUAUAAAUAUGUCUUUAUUUAGGUGAAGUUCUAAUUGUCUAAGUGCCAAACACUAAAACAGCAUUCAAUCAAUUAAUCUGUAUGAUUAAUGCAUUAACCCUACUUUAAAUCACUUUCAUUGAUCAGACCUGAUUCUAUGAAACUGUCUGUAUGGAACAUACAAAGGUGGAGCUGCUGCUGUUUAAGGUCUUCUUUCAGUCUGCAUACAGCUCCAUCACCCUCCACCCAUCAGAGGGUGAGAGCAGUCGUCUGCCUCCACCAACCAUCAAGUUGCACAUAAAGUCAUCAGCAUUCAGAUCUCCCUCCAACUGAAUCCUGUAAAAUCAUUUUAAUGGUAAAUUUGAAAAUGAAAGAAACUCCAGAAUGUCAUAUCUCAUGCGUAGUUUCAUUAACAGAGUUGCACAACCACAUACAGUAUGUAUACUAUAUCAUUUUUGGUGUAAAAUGAGAAGUAUGUUCAUUGGCAUCCAGAGGUGGAUGGAACUGGACAGACCAAAAUACUCAACAAUUGGAGCGUUUAAUGGUGUGUCCAACUCCAUUAACACCCAUAACCAUCAACUACAUCUACACUUUGUAAAUAUCGAGUACAUUUACACAAAACAAAACAUGUUCAAACACAGUUAAUUUCACUAUUACUAUGUGAGAAACAUCAGAUCUACGACAUGAAGGUAAAAAAACAUCUUAUUUUGCUGUUCAGUUUAAUA